AUGCUUGCUCGCGUGCAGGGCGCUGAGGUUGUCGGUUUGGUAGAGAUGACAGACUUCGCUGCAUUUCGCGAGUUUCAGGCACGCUCCUCUGUUCUCGUCGAGCGGGAACGCGCCGUUGACCUGCGCCGCAAGUUGCUGCAGGAGGUGACACAGAAUGUCCAGCACCUCGCGGAGGAGUGCAGGCGACGGGAGGAACAGCUACAGCAGGAGCGUCUCCGCUUUGCCCAACGUAAGGCCUCGCAGGAUGAGAAGAUGAACGCGAAGGAAGGGCAGGGGCAGGCGCAGCGCGAGCGUGUUGUUGCACUGGACGCCGAAGAGACCCGGUUGCGCACCGCCAUUGUGGAGCGGGAGGAGGAGAUGCAGCGGGUGCACGUGGAGUUGGUGCAGCGGCAGGCACUCUCCUCCAAACUGCAGGAGGCGAAGAAGGGACUCACCCGCCUCAAGUGCCAGCUGGAGGAGCGGGAUGCGAAGGUGAUGAUGCUAGAGAGCCGCAUUGCGAAGAUGGAGAUGGCUGUGGAGAACCGACACGCCGUCCUUGCAGAGCGGCUGCCGAGCUACGACAUGCCACGAAUAGAAGAUAAGCACGGAACCGAUCUGGAGGAAACUGCGGGUGAAAGUAUUCUUCUCAUUGACGAGUUCAAUCAGUGA